CCCCAUCACUACGCUCAGCAGAGUGUACAAUGUGCUGCCAGAGAGCCAACAGGCAGUGUAGAGAGAGACAGCCAGAGAGGGAGGGAGAGAAGGGGAAAGUGCCAGAGCUGACUACAGACGUGAUCCAAGAGGCCAACGCUGCAGCCUGGUUUCAGGAUCCACCGGCCCACACCGUCAGGAUGGGCUGCACGACGGGCCACCUGGUGUGCCAGCCUCAGCCCCAGACCAGCUCGGGGCAAGAAGGUCAAGCCCUGGAAGCCGGUAGUGCCAAAGUCCCCGAGGUGCUCUCCUCUCUGGAGCGUCUGUCCCAGGCCACCGGAGGCAUGGAGAAGUCCUGGUACCGUUGUAUCUUUCCCUUCGGAAUCAUCUCACUGGUGAUUGGUGUGGCAGGAACGGGAGUGACCUACACUUAUAAUGACCUGCCUCAGACUAAAGUGGUGUCAGUGGUGCUACUAGUCAUGGGUCUUUUGCUGUUGCUGAUGGCCACCGCCUGUUGGACUGUCCAUAAGAAGAAAAGAAGGAAAAAGAAAGAGGGAGGCUCAUUCACCUCUGAGCAGUGCCCCCUGUGAAGCACAGGGAAAAUAUAAGAACUCGAAAGCAGAGACGUACUCAGGGCCAGGAGCUCAAGGGUUGGCUAAAGUAGCCGCCACUUCACCUCCUCCCUGUGCUAAAUCCCCUCUAUUCUUUAUCACAAAGUUUGGCUCAGCUCAUACUGGAGAGAACUUGGGCUGAGAAUUCAUAGAGAGUAGAAGGACAGAUACACAGGACACUGAGGAUCUGUUUAGUCUGUAAGGUUUGGACCAUUUUGGACUGGCAAGGAGGGAUCACCGAUGCCUCAUGCGCUCUUUUAUCAUCAGACAGCAGGUGUCCAGUGUCAAAACAACCUCAGAGGAGACACACACAAAUAUGCAUAGCGCACUGCUUGCAUAUUUACAUGCACGGAUACACGGCCCUCGCAGUCCUCACUCACAUAUGCACCAGCAGUCACAGUGGAAGCUUGCGCAGACACCUUACACGCUAUGCAGAGCUGCUGCUGGAGUCAACACUGGCGUCACUAGGCACGUCAGUCACAGCGUUCCUCCUGCCUGGACAGGUGACUCUCCAAGAGGCCAGAAGUGGGCCAAAGACGGCAACCCGAUACCCAGCUGAAAGAGCAGCGCACCCGCGUCAGUGGCCAGCGUCAUUCACUCGUCCUGUGACACCGCAGCAAUGUGUUGGGGGCUUUUUUUACGCAAUGGGAGAGUGGAACUUGAGUCCAGCAGGAUCUCACAGGCAUCUGUGUAGACGAUGAGCUAGAGAGGGCAGAGAACCUGCUGGGGAAGUGGAAGCUGUUUGUCUGUGCUCAAAUAAAGAUUCUGGUGAACUGAAAGACUGUGGGACCUUGAACUUCACUACUAAGGAAACAAAGAUUUGCACAUGUGGCCAUGUCCAUGCCAAGCAAGAGAAACCUUGACUGAAGUAACACACUCUUUUCGCCUUUUGUAGCUUCAGCUCCACAUUAGUGUGCGGCACUGACUUUCUGACUGACUUAUUGGCCUCCUGUCAAUGUGAGAACAUUUACGCCUUGUUACGCCAGACUUGUGUCUAUGUGGGGCACCCCAGCUCCACACAGGGCAGGCCAGGAUUAUUGAAGGACACUGCCCGAGGGGACAUGCCACUGCAGGGACACUUUGACUGACCCUGCUCCCCUGUGGCCCCUCCCGCUUGGUGCCUUGAGCAAGCACUCAUGGAAAAAGGCUCUGUCGCAUUCCCCUGUUUCCAUCUGAACUCCUGAGAAUUUACCCCCUUGUUCUCUCUCUCUUUCUCUCUCUCUCUCUCUCUUUCUUUUCCCCAACAGCACACCUUAUCCACCCCACAUGCCUUCCUCCAUCCUCCAUCCCCAGUUUCUGACUUAAUCCACCUCUUUCCCCAAGUGUGACAUAGCCCAGAAGGAAGUAUCUACAGCUUUUUGACAUAAAAAUUAAGACACACACUUAAAUCUAAGUCCCACAGGUCACAGACAUUUGUUUUUCUAUCUGUGCCAGAGAAAGUGGAUCAUUUUCUCUCUCAGAGCGGAAAGAAUAUUGACAGAGAGUGAGCGGAAAAUCCUUUUGUUGGUCUGAAAAUAUGGUACAAGGCUGUUCUCUAGUGAAUACUGAUUAAUGUUUGUGUUCUAAGUGGCUCUGGGGUUUCCCUUUCCUACGCCUUUUUCUUUCAGAGAGAGCUGGUGAAUGUAGCUGCGCUCAGCUCCACAUCUGUGAAUAGGUGCUUUCUGUUGGUGUGUGGUCUCACAGGAUGAGACACACAAUGGCAUUUUAUCCGUGUCUUAAACAUUCUCGUUUCUGUCACUGAACGUAACGUGGGAUGUAAAGCGUAGUGUACAGAAUGUAUAGAGACUGAAAGGAGUCUAGACCGGCAUUCUCCAUGUGAAGGACUGUGUGCUAGCACUCCUUCACCCUUGAGAAUUAUCAUUGAUCACUGUUGCAUUGAUUCUGGCUACCAGACUAGUGACGUUUGUUGCCGAGUAAAAUGUGUCUAUGCAUUUAGAGGUAGCAGUUAACACAUAAUGCCAAAGACUGUCCUGGAGGCCAGCUUGCCAGUAACAAGGCUGCAAUUGCCUGCCUGCUUCAAUAGACAUGCAAUGGUUCAGUCCAUUCUCACACCUUGUUUUGCAGCUCAGUGACUGUCAGCCAAAUUCUGUUAGUUUAGACAAAGGGAAGGAAGGGAAGGAGGAGGAAAUAAGGAGGUAAUGGUGGAAGGCAAAAGCAGAACCUGGGAAGUCAUUGCUCUCACUUUAUGUGAGAUUAGGGAGCCAUCCCCGUGGUUAGACUGGGGUCCACCAUCCUGAACAGAGCAGUAUUAUUCUUAGGGGAUAUGAUGCAUUACUGGCAGCAGUCGUGAAAAUGCCAAGUUAACUGGACAUCUCUUUUGUGAGCCCUUUUCUACUGUCAAGUAUAACAUAGGUCUGUCUGUAUUUGCAAACACUUACAUUCUGUGUGGCCGCAUAAGUUUCUUUCAAGGUAGACGUCAAAGGAAAUGCUCAUGAGGGGUAUUUAUGAGUAGGUUUUUUUUAGCGCAGUGCAGUGGUAUCUUCUGAAUGGUGAGACAAGAGAGAAGCCCUGGGAUUACAUUACAUUAGAUUAUUACAAUGACGAACGUAGCAGGCUGUCUCACUCCUCUAUCUGUCUGUCUCUGCUAUGGUUAGAUCUCUUCACUUAGGUCAGUAUUUGCUGUAGAGGUGGAGUUUAUGGGGCUUAAAAGUAUUGCAGAACUGAACCACGAUCAACAAUAUUUAUGUUCAAUUAUGGGCAAGAUUGUUGAGUGUGGAGUGUCUAAGAGGGUCGCCAGAAGUGCUGCGGAUGAGAAUAAUCUCCUGUCUUUGGUUGAUAUUGCUUCUGUUAGAGCUGCCAAGCAACAUAAUGUGUGUGGGGGGGUUUCUCAGAGAAAGAUGUUUUUUUGUGGCACAGUGAUCCAAAGGCUGAGAGAAAGAAAGAGAGCGAGAGGGUAAGAGACAGAGCUAGCAAAGAAAAAAAAGCAAGACAAGUGAGGUACACACACUUUUACUCUGCCCUGAAUUUUGGCUUGUGUAUCAAUGCAAUUUUCACAUGUAUAGUACACAUUUACUACCGAGUACAUUGUGGUUGCAUAGUUGUACUUGCUAAUUUUCAAACUAUAUUGUGCCCAGUGUGUUGUCACUAAAAAAUGAUGGCAGGUGACCAGAAUUUGUUUGUUAGACAUGUGAAGUGAUUUCCCUUCUGCCUUCUGAAAAAUAAAAGGGAAAAUCUACCUCUCUGCUGCGGGGGAAACAUGUCCCUCACCCAGUAGACAGCCAUGCUGUCUGCCUUAGCUGUUUGUCACUCCAGUGAGUGACACAAAAUAUGUUUGUUUGUGUGCCCUCUAAUAUCUGGUGCUGUAUAUAUUAUUAUUUUAUAUUUGUACUGUAUAUUUCUACUUAUAUGUAAAUUUUAACUGUUGUAUUAAAUAAAUGUUAUGUGAAUUUAA